ACCCUGCGUAAAAUAAUUCUCUUUCAGAUGAAGUGAUACGUAAGCGGCUUCUGAUAGAUGGAGAUGGUGCUGGAGAUGACCGGCGAAUUAACCUGCUUCUGAAAAGCUUCAUUAAAUGGUGUAAUUCUGGAUCUCAAGAGGAGGGGUAUAGUCAGCACCAGCGGAUGCUUGGCACCUUGGGCCAGUGCGAGUUUUCGAUGGGAAAAACAUUACUCGUGUAUGAUAUGAACCUGAGGGAAAUGCUCAACUAUGAGAAAAUAUCUAAAGACAUAGAAAGUAACAUCUCAGCUGCUCACGACAAGAUAACAGAAUGUAAAAAACAGAUUCAACAAGCAAAGCGAAUUCGGAAAAAUCGUCAAGAAUAUGAUGCAUUAGCAAAAGUGAUCCAACAGCAUCCUGAUAGACAUGAAACUUUACAGCAAUUGGAUGCCCUGGGUAAGGAACUCGAACAUCUUUCUCAUAUUAAAGAAAAUGUUGAAGAUAAGCUUGAAUUGAGAAGAAAACAGUUCCACGUUCUACUCAGCACGAUUCACGAACUACAGCAAACACUGGAAAGUGAUGAAAAAAUGUCAGACGGUGAGGAUUCUCCGGAAACACGGAUGGAGAUUCAAAAUGGACAAUAGUGAAGCUGUGGGGUUCAGUAUUAUAACGACAUGUUAUUUUAUUAUGGGGGGGAAACAUUUCAUACCCUACCCUAAAAUCCCCGAAGCUUUCAACAUCCAAAUAGGUAAAGAAAUCGCACUGACUUUGUUCACGAAUAAAAUGAUUUUUGGAACUAAAUGUGGGAAAUAAAUAUCACAAACGUAGCACAUUAACUUACAGUAGAAAUUUUACACUCUGUCCAUUAUUUUUGUGACGUUCGUUGAAAGUAAAAAGAUAGUCGGUGUAAAUGGGAAAUGAAAUUAUUAUUCAGAAGAAAAUCAGAAUUUUUCCAAAUGAGAAAGACACUUUUCUAUUUUCUGUAUAUCUGACUGUGUUCGUUUUACCAGGUUUCUUAGUAAACCUGCGUGAACUGAAAGUUGAACCAGCUAGCGUUUAUUUGCAGAAGUUCGCAGGUGCUGCGGAGACGAUAGUGUGGUUCGCCCGGUAGGAACUGCAUCUUUUUUACUGUGUUGUCUAUAGAGUGGCCUGCUUCAAGUAUUUUGUGCUGUGAUAACGUUCGAUAAUAAAGGUCUUAUGUUUUUUUAAGAAAAAAAA